GCGCGACGACAGUGUGUCUGCACCAAAGCUCUUUGGUCACCACGUUGGUCUGCGCCAUGGAUUUGACCGGGGACCGGCCCGGCCUCGCAACCGACACCGACACCGCCAGUCGCGGCGACAUCAUCAAUAACUACGAGAAAUGGAAAAAGAAAUAUCAAAGGCGAAAAGCGAGGAAGAAGGUGCUGAGGAAGCAGCGGAAGCCGGAGUGGCUGUUGGAGAGGGAGCAGAUCGCCAGGAUGGUCGAGCGCUACCCGCAGAUAAAUUCCAAGGAGAUAUUGCAGUUUUCAGAUUUUCCUGUGUCGAAAAGAACCAUUAAAGGCUUGAUGGAUGCUGAAUAUCGCCUGCCGACUGAAAUACAGAAACAGACAAUUGGUCUCGCCUUGCAAGGCAAAGAUGUACUUGGUGCUGCAAAAACUGGAUCUGGAAAGACACUGGCAUUUCUUAUUCCUGUACUGGAAUGUCUUUAUCGUCAGCAGUGGACAUCAGAUGAUGGACUGGGUGCUCUCAUUAUAUCACCCACCAGAGAAUUGGCGUAUCAGACUUUUGAAGUCCUGCGGAAAAUGGGGAAAAACCAUGAAUUUUCAGCUGGACUCAUAAUCGGAGGGAAGGAUUUGGAAGGAGAAUCGGUGAGGAUUCAUCAAACUAAUAUAGUGAUCUGUACACCUGGGCGCCUUCUGCAACAUAUGGACGAGACAACUCAUUUCCAUGCUUCCAACCUUCAGAUUCUUGUGUUGGAUGAAGCUGAUAGAAUUUUGGACAUGGGUUUUUCUGAGACCAUGAAUGCUAUUGUUGAAAAUCUGCCCAAGAAACAUCAGACAUUGCUUUUCUCUGCAACCCAAACUAAAUCUGUGAAGGAUUUGGCACGACUUAGUCUGAAAGACCCAGAAUAUGUUUGGGUGCAUGAAAACGCUAAAUUCAGCACCCCUGGAACACUGGAACAAAAUUAUGUGGUUUGUGAGUUACACCAAAAAAUCAACAUGUUGUAUUCAUUUGUGAAGAAUCAUCUAAGCAAGAAGACAAUCGUCUUUUUUUCUACCUGUAAAGAAGUCCAGUAUUUGUUCCGUGUAUUUUGCCGUCUCCGUCCAGGACUGCCAAUCCUAGCGCUUUAUGGCAAGCAACAACAGAUGAAACGAGUUGAUGUCUACAAUGACUUUUGCCAAAAAAAGGCGGCCGUACUGUUUGCAACAGACAUCGCUGCCCGAGGGCUCGAUUUCCCUGCUGUGAACUGGGUUCUUCAAUUGGAUUGUCCAGAGGAUGCUAAUACUUACAUCCAUAGAGCUGGGAGAACUGCCAGGUACAAAGAAGGUGGUGAAGCAUUGCUUGUUUUACUUCCAACUGAAGAAAAGGCCAUGGUGAAGCAACUGGAAGAGAAAAAAGUCCCCAUCAACAAAAUAAAAAUCAAUCCAGCAAAACUGACCAAUAUACAGUCAAAGCUGGAAGCCUUUUUAGCUCAAGAACAGGAGCUGAAAGAAAGAGCCCAACGAUGUUUUGUGUCCUAUGUGCGGUCAGUCUACCUGAUGAGGAACAAAGAUGUUUUUGAUGCUUUCACAAUAACAUUGAAGGAAUAUGCUUUCUCCCUGGGUCUUGCUGUUCCUCCUCGAAUUAGAUUUCUUCAGAGAGCACAAAAAGAAAGAGAAAUGCCUUCUAUAAACAGUAUAGUACAAGAUAAUGAGUCAGCAGUUAUGAAUGAUAUUGCAACAGAAAGCUCACACGAAGAAGCUGAUGAGGAAUUGGAAGACUUUAAGGCUCAAUUUCGGGAACACACUUCUGAACAAGAGGCCCCAAAGAAAUCCAAAGAUAAAAUAACAGCCAAGAAAAAUGUAUGUUGCGUGGAUGAAAAUUCCAUUGGCCAUAAUAAUCCAAGAGAUGAUGUGGAGAGUAAAGUAGCAGCCACAUUCCAGUGCAUUGAUGAUGAUGCUUUUGAUGACAAUGAUGAUCGUGAUCUUCUUAUCGUGAAGCGAAGGAAUAUUUUUGGCUUUGAACCUGGAGAAGAAACAGUACCUGAAAUAGAAAAAUUGAAGAAAACGACAACAAAACAAACAAAAGUCAAAGAAGCAAAAAAAGUCUUGAAGAAAAAAUUUCAAGUGAAUACAAAAAUCACUUUUGAUGAAGAAGGGGAGAUGGUUCAGCAGUGGCCACCCGUGCAAAAAAGUCAAGUGGACAAUGAUGCAGCUGAUGACACAGGAGGAAUAAAUAUGGAGAAAGCAAAAGAGAGGCUACGUAAAGAGGAUAAGCAUGACAAGGAAGAAUACAGACAAAAAAUAAAAGAAAAACAUAGGAUAAAGAGGCUUAAGGAGAAAGCAGCAAGAAAGGCCACAAGAAAGAAGAAUCAAUCUGAAGAGGAAGCUGUUGCUUACCUGGAACAGAGUGAUGGGGAAGAAAGUUUUGAUCCAUCUGAUCUUCCUGAUCCUGAUAAAUACAGAGAUUCUGAGGAGAAUGAUGACAGUGGUGCGUCGGAAUCCGAAGAAAAUUGCAGCAAAUCAGCUGAAAGAAAAUUCAAAAGGAAGAAAAAUGACAGCAGCAGGGGCCUUGACGAAUGUGAUGAGAUGACAGCGAUUCGGACGAAGAGAAUGAAGCCUGAAAUUGAUUCUGAUGAGCAUAGGCCACUGGACACUGGCCUCUCUCUUGCAGAAGAUGAAGAGCUCGUACUUCAUCUGUUGAACAGCAGAAACUAAUUGCAAUCCCCAGGCGGUUUUCUGGGUCAGUCCUUUUAUUGUGCUGGCCACGUUCAUGCAGUUGCAAUCAAACAAGAGCAGGUGGGCCUUGUCUGACAGUGAUUAAUGCUUUCUGAGUGGGUUGCUGCAGAUCUGUAGAUGUCUGCCAAAACGCUGUCUACUCUAGAGCGGUAGUGAAAAAUCUUGUACUCUACAGAAGACAACAAAUGUUUGGUUUAUUAGAACGCUUUUCUCAUCAGAAUGUCAGAUUUAUAUAAUUGACAUUCUCUUAUGCAUUUUAACAGCAAGUAGCCAAUUGGCAGAUUCCUAUAUGAAGAUCAUUUGAGAAAAUUAAGUCAAUCAGAGCAUACAUUUUAUAGAUAAGCUUUCAAUCGGUUUUCAUACAGUAAUGAAACGUGUAGAUACUGAUAUUAUCUUGCAGUUGGAAACUGUAAAACACUGGACGGGCAAAUUGCUCAGAUUAAAACAUGCUUAUUAAAUUUCAAAUGUUGGUUUUUUAGACUAUUUGCGAUGAAAAUAUUUAAGAAAUCGUGUAUUUACAAUUGAGAGCUAUGUAUUUUUCCUCCUCGAUUUAUAUCUGAACCCUGAUGAUAUAUCAGCCUCUUCCAAGUGAUAUUUUGUUUUAUUCCAUUUGUUCUCUUCUCCUGAAACAUGACAAAUAAAAUGAACACUUGUUUCCGCAA